GAAAAGAUUUGUAUUAACCUUGUCUCUAUAAAUCUCGGUCUAACGAAUUAAUCGCAACGAACAAUUAGUAGCAAUGAAAAACUUACGUUUUUCAUCGGGGUUAUUUUAAUCAGUAGUUUUACAUCAUAAUGGUACUGAUUUAAGUAGUUGUUUGUAUUAUCGUUAAAUUGUUCGGUUAACAUUAAGAUCAAGUAUUAUUCAACCUUUUUACUUUUUCUACCGCAUAAAUAUUUCAGUCUUAAUUAUACAAAAAUUGUGAUUUCUUGUUCGAAUAAGUUUUUAAUAAUAGAAGAGCUCCUUCAACCGCGAUCGAAAUUUUCUUAAGCAUCCAUUGAAUAUCUUUGUCAUUAGUUUUUCUAGUUAAAUUUUAUAACGUUCAAACGUGUUAUCAAGAAGCACUGGUAUUAAUUUUUUGGAUACACCAUGGAAACUGACGAAAUCAACACACCAUUGAGUUUACCAGACACUCAAAAUGCUGAUUCUCAGUGUUUUACACAAUCCCAAGAUACCCUCGUAGCAACGGAAACUCAACCUAAAGUUUGGGGUAGAUUGUGUCCUCAUGGAGAAAUAAGUCUGCAUACUGUUGUUCUGACCAAAGAUGAAUAUACUUUUGGGCGAUUAAAAAGCUGUGAUAUUUGCAUUAAGGACAAAAUCCCCAUGAAAAAAGAACAAGUUAUAAGUAAGACUCACUUUAGAAUCUAUAGAGAAAAAUGUGGUACAUCAAAUGGCGUUGAAGAUGAUGUUGUAUAUUUGUAUGAUGAAAGUCAAAAUGGAACAUUUGUCAAUAAUAAUCUUGUUGGAAAAAAUAACAGGGUGGUACUCGUAAAUAAUGAUUUAAUUGCUGUUGCCAAGCAACAUUUCCAUGUUUUUGUGUAUAUGAGCACUAGUGGAUAUGAUGAUUCAUUUUUACCUGAAGAAUUAAGGGGAAAAUAUGCAGUCUCAAGAACAUUGGGGGCUGGGGCAUGCGGAGAAGUAAAGUUAUGUUUUUCCAAAUCUGGUUUAGCAGGCAAAAAAUAUGCUAUGAAAAUGAUAUCCAAAGCAAGAAUUAGUAUUACAGGACACAAAAAUCCUUUAAAUGAUGAAAAACACAUUAUGAAUGAGGUUGCUAUCUGCAAAAGUCUAAAACAUCCAUGCAUUAUAAAAGUAGAAGAAUUUUUUGAUAGUCCUUCUAUGGUUUAUAUCAUAUUAGAAUUGAUGGAAGGUGGAGAGUUGCUUGAGAGAAUAAAAAAAGCUAACGGGCUAUCAGAAGAAAAUUCCAAAUUUAUUUUUUAUCAAGUAGUUUUGGCAGUAAAUUAUUUGCACGAGCAUGGUAUAACUCAUAGAGAUUUAAAGCCUGACAACAUUCUUCUGGCUAGCCAUGAAGAAGAAACCAUAGUGAAAGUUUCUGACUUUGGUUUAUCCAAGUUUGUGGAUUCUCAAACAAUGAUGAAGACUUUUUGUGGAACUCCUAUGUAUGUUGCUCCAGAAAUUUUAUUAACUGGUGGCAGAGGUUCUUAUACAAGUCAAGUUGAUGUUUGGAGUUUGGGUGUGAUUUUGUAUUGUUGCUUGAGUGGUUUGACUCCAUUCAAGGUCAAUGACAAAGCCAAUACUCUAUCUGAUCAAAUAGUCAAAGGACUUUAUAAGUUUCAUUUUUCUAAAUUUUUUGAUGUAUCAGCUAAUGCCAAAGAUCUUAUCAAACGAAUGAUGACAGUUGACCCAAAAAAACGUAUUACCAUCAAAGAAGUUCUGAGACAUCCUUGGAUGGAUGAUGAUGUGAUGUUGAAUAAAGUGAAUAAGCUAUUAGGUUUUACAAAUAAUGAAAAUGCUUUACCAAGAAGACCAAUAAAUGAGAAUAUUGCAGCAAGCUCAACAAAACUAAAAAGAGCUCGAUUAGAAUAAAUGCUAUGAGCAUUCCAGAUACUUUAAAACUAUCUAUUCAUAUAAGGCAGAGUCAGUAUUCAUAAUUUGACAAUUGAUUAGAGACUGAGAUCCAAGAUGCUUAGUUCACCAAUCAUAAUAACUAAUUUUUCUAAUUAUCUUUUAAUUAUUUAUAUUUAAUGCGUUAAUAAUGUUGAUAAUGUUAUUUUAGAAAUCUUCAAAAAAAAAAAAAAAUAUAUUAAACGCUAUAUAGUUAGACUAAAUGUUAUUCAAUCGAUCAUAAAUGAUGAAACCAUUGAUUAAUCUUAAUUAUUAACAAUUAGAUUUAGCUUUAUUUGAAAAUUCCUAGAAUUUAUAUUAAUUCAUUUCUAUAGUCCAGUUAAAAUUCAUUAUUGCUUGAUUUUCCUAAUGUUAAUGAUUACAUUGAAAUUGUCUUUUUUUCUUUUUUGAUAAACUAAUUGAAAUAAAGUAA